CAAAGUUAAAAACACAAAAGACAAUACAAAAACAAAAACUAAAAAAAAAAAAAACUUUAAAUUUUGAAAGUUAAAAUUUUGAAAAUACUACAAUAAAAUUGAAAUUAUUAAAAUUUAUUAUUUUAAAAGUGUUAGAAAAACUAUUAGAAAUGUUCUUUAAAGUGCCCACAAGUGUUUUAUAUUUGGCUUUUGCCAGCGUCUUAAUUGUGAGUCUGUAUACGACACCAGCCCUGGCUAGACCAUGGGAUUUGUACGAUGAUGUUAGUGCUUUCUUUGAUACCAUGUCAUUGGAUGAUGUACCCGGUGCUAAAGAUGCAAAUCAAAUGGAACCCAAAGAAUUCUGUCGUAUGCCCGCCCGUAAAGGUGUCUGUCGCGCUCUAAUACCACGCUGGAGUUAUGAUGCCCAAAAGAAAGAUUGUGUUGAAUUCAAAUUUGGUGGUUGUGAUGGCAACGAAAAUAAUUUCCCCAGCUAUAAGGCCUGCAUGUCCACCUGUCAGGGCAUGUAAAUGACAAAUUUAUGAAACUAUUAAAAAGUUUUCUUUUUCAUUUCAAAGACAUC